UUAAUCAUCUAUAUUCUUUAUUAAAAAAUCAGAUUCGUUGGGGGUAAUUUCUUUAUUUAUUAACUUUAGAAUUAAUUUUCAUACGCCCUCCCAUCUUGUGGGCUUGGCGAUUUCUAUAGAAAUGUGACAAAAAACACUGUACGCAUAUCAUGUUCAACACAUGACAUUCUGUUGAAGAAUAUUGUGAAGGCCUACUUUCUGAUUAAUUAAUGCAAUCUAUCUGUAUACAAUGUAUUAACCACGCAAGUAGUCUUGUUAACGUAGGGAUCAGUGAUACAUGUGCAUAGGCUCCAGGCGAGGCAUGCCGCGCGUCCUCCAUCGGGUGGUUAGUCAUAAAAGAGCUUUGUAUUGUCACUGGGCACGCGACGACAAUCAACCAAUCAGCGCGCCGGAUGCACUUUUCAAGUGACUUGCAGACAAUAGGUGCAGGUAUAUAAAGUUGGCCCAACAAGAGCAAUAUAGCAUAUCGAAUUCGAUCAUCACUGGUCAUCGUUCUUACAUGAUUGAUCUUGAUCUUUUUCGAAUAAAGCAGUUAAAACAUGAAGUUCCAUCCAUCUUUUAGGUCAGAUACCAUGGAUGGUCUGUGGAAAGAGUUCUCGAUGCCAAUCAAAAACGAACUUGAAGAUGCAGCAGUUGUUCCAGCGUCUACUAUUAAAAAGGCCAAGACAAGAGCACAGAAAGAGGAUGCAAAAAAACUAAAGAAGAAAAUUGAAAAGUUCGAUAUGUUCGAGGAAUGGGUUGAGGGUGACAUCACACUUCGAUACAAUCCUAAAGACCACGACGCAAAGAAACAUUUGAGUGGUUGGGCAAUGCGCAAUACAAAUAAUCACAACAAGAAAGUUCUCAAGAAAUCCUGCCUUGGCGUUUUUGUGUGCAGUAAAGGGCAAUGCAGGAACCAAUCCGGUGAUAUUGUGUCUGUUCGACCAGCCACCUCCGACAGAGCUAGAAGAAAGCAGUCAGAGAAAUCUUGUCCCAGGCCUGGUUGCGGGGGAAAGCUGACGCACGUCUCUUGCACCGGCAAAGGAGGUUACCCAGUGACACAUUUUUGGCGCGUUACUGAUUCGGUAAUUAUUUUCCAAUCCAAGGGUGUCCACGAUCACCCAAGACCAGAUGUCGUCAAAACAACAUCGAUGGCUAAAAUUGCUCUUCUCGAGUACCACCGAAGAAACCGACACGAACGGCCAAAGGAGAUUUGUAAAAAAGUGGGUGUUCAGAUACACAAAUCAUUUAGCCGAGUUGACCGCGUAGCCCGUCAGCUCCGUGAAGUGCAGGGAAUUGUAGGCGAAGAUCCCGACAUGAAGAAGUCUCUUAUCCCGGGUACUGGCGAUGUCUCUUAUGGCGUUCAACCAAUGCGGGACAGCUGGGACCAAAGGAUGAAGAAUGAAAAUUGUUUAUCAGAUGCCUUCCAACCACCACCACAUUCCUACGGCAACUACUACACACACCAUCAGCUUAUGAGCGACAGUUGGUACGCACCUACACACUCUCAAGACGCAUACCGUUUUCCAAACUACGGGGUUCCACACAUGACCACCGCAAACAUCGCCGAAGAUACCUAUCACCAUGGUUACGUGGAUGCUGCUGAUAGUUGCUCUUAUGAUCCAUUCCGUGAAGAUGUUGGCUUCGAAUCACACCCAUCUGCCACCCUUCCUAUUUCUCAAGCUUCGUCCAACGGAUUUCCAUCACGGGCUGGUGCUGAGUUUUGUUAUUCUCCUAUCAAACAUGAAGUGGCAACUCUACCUGAUACUGUACUUCACUCCGGUCAUGACUUAGCAUCACUGAUGGUGUCGCCGAAAGAGCAGGAAGUGCCAAAUACUGAGGCUAGACUUCACACAUUUAACUCACCGACCGUCUCACGGGCAUCCGUCGACCAACAGAACGUACCAGAACUAACUCCUGUCGUUUCUGGCCCUGCGACUAGCGUGAUGCUGUCUUCUGGUGCUGACAUCAUAUCAACAGCAUUCCAACAAGCAGCUGAGCUACCUAUGUCAUCUUCACCAUCUGAUAUGCCAUGUUUGGGUACUUCAACUAUGACCAACGUCAGUAUGCCGCCAAAGAAACGUGGGCCUCCGGAACUGCUACCGAUCGAACCAAAACGACGCAAGAUCUCAGGUGAACAAUCGACGGAGAAACCUAACCCAACGCCAGUGUCAAUUAAUCUUGAUCUUCCAUCUUUCUCCGAUAUAUUUGACAUAAGUGCUGCAUUUGGAGAAGAGGGCCUAGCUGGUCGACCAAAGUCACCUGUGUAUCAUUCACCAUCACCAUCGGCUCCUGCUUCAUCAGCUUCAGCAGUGAGCAGCACAGAUAACGCUGUGCUGCCCUCAACAAUCUCAUAUGCUGUGCCUAACUCGACAGCAGUCGGCAGUGCCUCAACCGUUACAGUAUCGAGUGGACCCAGUAGCUGUCAUAGUUAUGAUGGCUCACAACAUUCCAGUUUUCAUUCAAACAAGUCGUUAACGCAACUUAAUACUCACCACCCAAUCAGAGACGAAGAAAGUGGAACCUACAUCGAUCUAUUGGUAUCAAUGUAUCUUGGUGAGAAGGAACCUGAUAAAUCGAUUAAUAAGAACGAAUUCCAUGUAUAUACAGAGCGACACAACAACCAUCUUAGAACCAACGAUCACAGUCAUUAUGGUAGCUACGACCCUUUUAAGUCACCAUUAUCGAACACUCAGUUUGAUUUCGCUUGGUACGAAUCAGAACGAAAAGCUCAACGCUACCGACUCAGCAGCUCUGGACUUGAUAGCUUGAUAAGCCCACUAGGGCUAGGUGGUCAUCCUUCAUCUUACGAGUACAGCUCACCAUUUACCUCUGAUUUACAUGGUGAUUCUAGCCGACAUACACCCGCUAGUUACAGCCGCCAUCUUUAUUAGGUCAUUAAUUUUUUAUUUGCAAUAAUUAAUUUGUUUGUGUAUGUAUAUGAUAUAAAUGUAUUUACUUGUAUAUACGGGAUGUACGCUAUAUUGCAAUAUCUUUAUGUAGAUUGUUUAGUCUAUGGAAAAAAUAUGUGGUAUUAAAAAUUUUAAUUAUAUCGAUCCAGUUGUUAUUUUCUAAAAAUAACUGACACAAUCCGAGUUUCAGAUUAAGAUGUUGUAUUGUUUUAAUUUUGUGACGUAAUAUUCUACGUGCGAACAACUCAAGUAAAUGUUGGAAAGAUACUUUCCAUUUUGAUAGAAUUGUUAUUCAAAUGAAAUAAAUGAAAGGAAAUACAAAAUUGAAAA